UAAGAAAUGUAAACGUUUUCUUUUUAUUAUGGAGACACCACUAAUCUCUAUUUAAUUUUUAUUGAGAUCAGUGGAAGACACGCAGUCUGCCAUUUUAUAAUACAAAAGGUGUGUGUUUGUGUGUUUCCUUUCUAAUUUUUAUUAAUAAUCGUGGUAAGUAUUUUUUGAAUCACCUUAACGAUUGAUAGUAACUUAUUAUAUUUAUCAACAUUUGUAGUGAUGGAAUUUUAUUUGGGAGACAGUAUAUUAAGAAGGAUGUUGGCAACGGUGUGCAAACGGAAAGUUCGGUGGAUGCACGGCAAGCGUUUGGUGGAUUUAUGUAUCGGGGGCCAAACUAUAACGCAAUUAAGACGAAGAAUCGAGAGGUCGCGUAAUGCAGCUUCUAAAUGGUUUGUGCCACGGAAUGUUCCUCUGGUUAUUUUGAUUGGUACGAACGAUAUUUCAAGAGGCGUAAAGGCUUCCGUUGCCAUUAGAAAUUUGAAGGGGUUAUUACGUACCUUAAGGAAAUGGACGUUACAAUAUCGAGCCCUGCUGUGCACCGUUCCUCCCAUGAUCCGUACUGGGCAAAGCGUACAAAUCGAAUUGUCCCAAUACAAUGCGGCGAUUAGAGAUAUAUGCUCUAAUCGCCGUGAUGUUUUUAAACUUAUCGAUUUGUACGCCUUGUUUCAGUGCGAGAAUGUGGAACGUAUAUUCGAACGUGAUGGUAUACAUCCGAACGCAGCAGGGUUGAAAAAAAUAUACCGUGCCAUUCGAAGUACGUAAUAAUCGUUUCAGAUUUAUGAUGGCAAUUGAAGACGAUUCGCCUUUUGAAAUACGUUAUACAGGGUUAUUACAAAUAAUGUUGAUAAUUGCAAGCGUGCAUUAAUCUAGUUUUAUUUAUCAUACAAAGAAAUAAGAUAGAUACAUUCUUAGGAAAAAUAUUUAGUAUAUUAUAAACAUACCAAUCCAUUUUUAUUUUCAAUCGAAAUCGAUAACAUCAUCUAUCUGUAAUAAUCCUGUAUUAUCAAAUCAUUUAGUUUCUGCUUAUUCGUUCUUCCGAUUCUUCUUUUUAAUUGAGUCGAAUUGCUGUGCAUUCGCCUGUCAAAGUAUUGCAUGGCAUGCCGUUGUUAACAUCAGGUAAAAAAAGAAGGUACCUACUUUUUUCAUUUGUAGUAAUUUUCAUUUUUUUUUGUAGAUUCAUCACCUAACUAAUUUCAACCGUCUCGCUUCAAAUACUUAAGUUAGCGCUUUUACCCGGUGACAGAUUACGCAAAUGACAUUCUGUUGGAAAGAUUUCAAUU